CUCUUCUGGACAAAACCUCACAAAGAAGUACUUGACAUUGUAGAGAUACAACAAUACUGGCCUGGGUUGAUAUGGGAAAGUGAACAUUAUUCCACAGCAGACCUCUUCUGGACAAAACCUCACAAAGAAGUACUUGACAUUGUAGAGAUACAACAACACUGGCCUGAGUUGAUAUGGGAAAGUGAACAUUAUUCCACAGCUGACCUCUUCUGGACACAACCUCACAAAGAAGUACUUGACAUUGUAGAGAUACCACAACACUGGCCUGAGUUGAUAUGGGAAAGUGAACAUUAUUCCACAGCUGACCUCUUCUGGACACAACCUCACAAAGAAGUACUUGACAUUGUAGAGAUACCACAACACUGGCCUGAGUUGAUAUGGGAAAGUGAACCUUAUACUUCAGCUGACUUCUUCUGGACAGAACCUCACAAAGUACUUGACAUUGUAGAGAUACGACAAUACUGGCCUGAGUUAAGUUGGGAAAGUGAACAUUAUUCCACAGCAGACCUCUUCUGGACAAAACCUCACAAAGAAGUACUUGACAUUGUAGAGAUAUCACAACACUGGCCUGAGUUGAUAUGGGAAAGUGAACAUUAUUCUACAGCUGACCUCUUAUGGACACAACCUCACACAGAAAUACUUGACACUGUAGAGAUACCACAACACUGGCCUGAGUUGAUUUGGGAAUGUGAUCAUUAUUCCACAGCUGACAUCUUCUGGACCCAACCUCACAAAGAAGUACUUGAUAUUGUACAGAUACAACAACAUUGGCCUGAGCUGAUUUGGAAAAGUGAACCUUAUUUUUCAGCUGUUUUGCACCAAUGUAUAAAGCAACUAAACCUCACAACAUGUGAUCUUCAGCUGGGUCCUACACGUGAAUUAAAAAUAUUAGACCAGAGCUGUAAAAUGUUCAGUACAGAAAAUUUUCAGAAAUUCGAAAAUGUCAGUUCAUUUGUCGCUGCUUCAGCAUUACCUGUCAUUAAUCCUGCUCUCAAGUCAUUCAUCGUAUUCGACUCAUUAUUUUUGGAAUCAUCAUUAAACUUCUUCAAGAAGGACCCCAGAGAACUAUCAAAAAUUUCGAAUUGUUUACUUUACGAAGAAACUUCUUUCCUUCUGUGCAGUUUCGUUGCAACUGAUGAAAAUAUUUUCGUUAUGAAGAUGGGUUUAACUCCAACCGACAGUGGUAAUGUCUUAUAUCAUCUAACACCAAACAUAUCUAUACUUUCUCAAUAUUUAGAAAGCAAUAUUUCCACGUCUGUAUUUGUGGCUAUAUCACCAAAUGUUGUCUCACCAAGCAUUCUUUGGAACACCUGGUUGUCAAUAAUUCAUACAACUUUUGAAACACACGAAUCAUUUGAUACAUACUCAAAAGAUCCUUUGGCAGUGAAAAACAUUAGUGCAAUAAUAUCAACUACAGAACAAAAAAAUUUCUUCGGUGUUUUGCACUCUUUUGCACAGGAAGAAGUAGGAUCACUGAACAUUUUUAAAGCUAAAGAAUAUAAAACCCAUACCACUAACUUUGAAUAUGUCAAACCAAGUUUGAGAAAUUUGGAGAUUCUGAUAACUUUGCCAAUCUUUGACCAAGUAUUAACGAAAAAUUCUAAGGCAACUUUAAAAUUUAAGCUGAAUAUAAAUAUAGUACAAGUGCAAAAAGAGGUUGUUAUGCAAACCCAAAUAAAUGUUGAAGAUAGUGAACACCGUCUGACUUCGUUUUGGACAGGACAACCUUCAUUUUGCUGCAUCACUCCUUGCAAGUGUUUGGAGAAAAAGCAUUCUCCUAUUUCACAACACUGUCUUCAGAUGGAAUCUUAUCACUGCUUAACUUUGCCAUUGCCCUCACAGUUCAAACCCGAGAUAAUUGAUCUUCAACCUUUUGACCAUAAGCAAUACUUUACAUAUAAACCCAAUUUUCUGAUUGUUGGAGAAACUUCUGAACAUGUAGUUAUUCUUGAAUAUGAAAGUCAGUAUAGUUUUCAGUUCUCUGAAACAGUGCACCCACAGACAUUUAUCAGCAACGAAGUUAUACACAAAAGUUAUUCAUAUGCCUGCCUAAAAAGUACAGAAAGUAUACAUGAGCCACCACUUGAAAUAUUUUGUCUUAUGAUCGAGCAAUUAUUUCAAUCCUCUGCUAUUUGCCUGAGCAGGUUGUUCAAUCCCAUAUCUAUAGAGGCUGACCUUUGGAUGAAUAAUCAAGUUAUUGAGCAUUUAAGACUUUGUACUGAGAUUUCACUUUUUUCCUCACAAACAAAUACAGCCCGUGUGCUUACUUCGUUCGUUCCCCUUUUGGUACCUGUAGUAGAGUUGAUUAACUCUUAUUGUGACAUUCUCUUCUGGUCAUCACAAGAAAUGAUGGGUUCAACAAAGACUAUAAAAACAUUUGACUUUUGUUCGGAGCAUGUGGUGAUUGACUGUCAAAGCAUAAUGACCCUUCACACAGCUGAAACUAAUAAUAUUUUCUCCACUGUGCCUUCUGAAAGAAGCAUGAUAGUUUUCGAAGACAGUGCUUGUACUUCAUGUUCUCAGACAGCUGUGACCAUUGAAACUGAUAGUGUUAGCUACCAUGAUAAAUUUAGUGCUAUCAUCCAUCCAGAAUUUAAAAAAAUACACGACACAGUCUUGCACAACAUGGAAUCAUCACGACAUUCCGAAAUAUUGGAAACAGUUACUCACCAGGAUUACCGUCAUCAUUUGAUAUGUUUUCUUUUAAUGGAGAACACCUAUGCAAUUAAAGUUUUUACUCCCUCUGUAGCGUCACUUCUGAUGAAGAUAUCACCUUGUAAAGUUAUUGCACUGACAAACAAUGUUGCCUCACAAAAUCAUCAGCUGGAAGAAAGUGGUAUUUCGAUUCAUCUAGAGAAGACUGACUUUAAGACAGUCUUACUUAAGCCAGAAUUAGAAAAUAGGUUCUUGGAAGCAUACAGCAUAGCACAGCACUUUCUAACUUGUUAUGAUUACGUUACAGUUAACCCAUUUUUAUUAAAGAUGGAAUCUCAGCAACGUAGCAAUAUGUUUGGUCUUCGGUAUUAUGUAUACUCAAGAGAGGUGAUUCUUCCAUUAGAAGAAAGUGUUCUUGUGGACAUCGCAUUUUCUAGUUCUUACUCAAGUGAUAAAUUAAUCCAUUCCGAGCAGGAAUGUAAGUUUCCCUGUUACAUUUUUGAAACUCACUCCUUGGAGUCUAGUGUGUUAAAAUCGUUGGAGACUCAUUCAGAAGUGUUUAUGCCAUUUAUUUCUGUGAAUAACUAUUUUCCCAACCCUCUCUUAGUGGAUCAUCCUGUCUUGUUUGGAUCAGUUAGCUUGUUUACUUGCAGUUCACAGAAAAAUGUCGACCAUGCUACCUUAAACCUCCAUGAUAGCUUUUUAACGAUGGCCCAGAAGGCCUGUAAAAUGAUAGAGCCUGUUCCUCUCAAUUUCAUUACCCCACCAAGCUUUCUAUGCCUUCGUGAGAAUUCAAGACAUACUGUGGAGGUAACUCCAAGAGAACUGGUCACAUGUAGUCAAACAGGCUGUUGUGAGAGUUUAACUCUUUACCUAAAAAACGAAAGAGGGUAUUGUUUUACAAGUUUCUCAGUAACUGAGUAUUGGUGGAAAACAGCAGUCCAAAGUGUUAUAUAUCCUGAAGAGGAAAUUGCUUUACCCCGUAAGUUGAUUUUCCCAUCAUGUUGUACUGCUUCUAUUAGUUUGACAGAGACGUAUUCUUCUCUACCGGUGUGUUUUGUAAUUAUCUGUGAAAGCGAUUCCCUCUCUGUUGGAUAUACAGAUUUGUUUAAUAUGUCUCUAAUGCCUUUGACAAUUUCAGAAGAAUUUCAAUAUAGCAGUAUCUUAUCUUACGAUAUCCUCACAAACACACCAGCAACAUUUUAUAACCGAGUUAACAAACCACUAAAGCAAUUCAUAGAACCUCAUUUCACUAUUCAUCCAAGUCAAGGUUUGGUAGAGAAAUCUGAAACACUCACAGAUGAAGACCUUGUAAUAUUUAUAAAAGAGAGUCGUAUAUCUGAUUAUUGUGGAGAAUCUGUUAGCUGGGAGCUCACGUAUCCAAACUCUGUAAAUGCAAUAAUAAGUAUAACAUUAACAGAAGAUACUCUGAGUCACAGAACUUUAGAAAAUACAAGAACGAAUUUCCAAGUAAAACCUCAGCUUGUCAAACCCUAUUUGGUCACCUCUCACUGUGAAACAAUCUUUACUUUCCAUGCCAUUCAAAUACAAAAUAUAACCAAAUUUAAUAACUCUAGUCCUUGCACAAUCGAAGAAGACAUUAAUCCUUGUGUUAGUUAUAAAGCAGAAUUUACAAGGUUCAGCCCAGUUUUAAAUUCUUCGACAGUAUCAAAGGAUAUAUGUGCCAAAAAAGAACUUCUGACCCUUACGCAAAAACCUUCCUCCUUGGUUCAGCAUCCUUUCAAUUCGUCAUUAAAUAUUUUUCCUCAACAAGUCCACCAAACCUUUAUACUAUUCCACUCCUUUCCAAUACGAAGAGUGCAACAACCCUUGGAAUCUGUCUUGUUUAAAAUGCAAUCAGAAAGCAAAUUAGCUGCCAAUAUUACUAGUCCAUCUUUGGUUACAGACAGCCUUCAUACCUUAGCAUCUGUGCAACAACCCUUGGAAUCUGUCUUGUUUAAAAUGCAAUCAGAAAGCAAAGUAGCUGCCAAUAUUACUAGUCCCUCUUUGGUAACAGACAGCCUUCAUACCUUAGCAUCUACAGAGUGUCAUUCGAUCCACAUGUUAUCACUUCCUGUUCUAGAACAUUUCUCCAGAUUUCCAGCAGUCGAGGUCGAUGUGGUUAACUCUUACGGCGUUGUGGCUUCUUGUGUUUUAACAACUGAAGAAAGUUUUAUCAUUCAUUGUCAAUCCCCUUUCGUACUUCACAACAUUAACACCAUUGUGGAAAACUCUAAGAUGUGGGAGAUCCCCACAAACUUUGUAGCAUUUGAGCUCUCGGAAGAAGUAAAUACUCGAAUGGCACGAUGGGUAUUCUGUUUUUCAGUCACAACUGAAGUCACUAUUCCUGAUGAGGAACCUGUUGUAAUUCUUUCAAUUUUAGAAAGAUGUAAUAGCUUUCUUUCUUCUACAAUCGAAGAAAAUAACCUUAUUUCAAAACAGAUUUCUGUAGCUUAUCCACAACGAGCCUUGAAAGUUAAAACCACGUCACAACUUUCGGUUCUAGUUCGACCAAUAACUCUAGCACAAAGUGAGACCUUGAAGGACGUAAUUCCUUGCACUAGAGAAGUUUUAAUAUGUGAAGCAUCCAGGUCCUGUGUAAGUGGUAACAUAAUUUACGAAACUACACAGCUUCCAGUUCAUACAAACCCUGUCAUAGAAGAAGUGCCCUUAAACGUCUUUUUGCCACCUGGUCUACCUUCCAUCGAGAAAAUUAAAGAACAAAACAUGCAAUUUAUGUUUCAUGGUACCUUGUUUUAUAUUUCAAUUAGCUGUGAAUGUGAACCCCUUGUAAUCACCCCAAGUUUCAACUUAUACUCAUCAGAGACUCCAAGUUUAAGUGUACAGUUUCAGAAUAUACCAAACAUUGAGGAGGUUCACGAGGAAAAAGAACAAGUGACCUGUUUUUCGGAAGAAUCUUGGAAUAGUUUAAUCUUUUCUGAGGACACACGUGCUGUACAGAACUAUAUGGCUAUUAUGGAAAACGUGCAGCCAGUUCUGGAAGCGCAAGAUAGAUCACUUUCAGUAACUGCUGAAGAUUUUACCAAUAGAAUGAUUUCCAUGAGAAAUGAAUAUGAUUCUGUCCAAAUGCUUAAAGGAAAAUGUGAUGUAGCACGUGUUGCUUUUGAUCCUUGUCCAUCACUUUUUGGGGAAAAUGUUUUUGAACACUUUCCUAUUCUUACAAUAAAAACUUUGCAUACACAAGACUUGAAAGCAGCUUUCACGGUCGACUUACUACAAUCAUCACCUAGUAAAAUACCAACGUGGGUUUCGUCAUUUUAUCCAAUGCUCAUGAAGAAAAUAAAUAAUGUUCCUUUGUAUGAAAAGAGUCUUAAACAUUCUCAGAUACUCCAAGAACAGCAGCCAUUGAAAGUCUUUUCAUCUGACUUUCUUACUAAUUUAUGUUCUGUGAAGCCUAAUCUUAUUUAUACAACAGAUUUAACAAUCACAUUUCAACUAAUACCAGAAGAGUCAUUACGAUAUAUAUCACACCCUCAAGUACAUAACAUAACUGAACAUAAACUGUCUUUUGCACUUGUUCCUCACAAUCCCGUAGCUAUUUCAUGCAGAGAAAAUUCCUUAGAGGAUAUCAUUGUUCUAAAGCCAAAGUCCAACAUUCAGAACCUACAGACUCUAGACACGGUUGUUAUCCAGUCCAUCAAACAUGCUGCAACAGUGUUAAAGACAGGUAUAAUCGACGAUUGUUUGAUCAUAAAGUUUACCGACAGAUUUGGUGUCCUUUCUCUAGAAGUGACUGAUUUAUGCACAGAACUGAACUUUCCAGACCCUCUGACGACAUUUACUAUUCCCCUACUGACAUCAUCAGUAUUAAAGAAUAAACCAGUCAUCGAGUUUAAAUUAGCUCAACAGAACCAGUUGGUGUUCACAACUUACAGCACACAAGACAGCAAUAAUCUUAUCUUCCAUCCUGAACAGGAUUCUCCAGAAGUGGUAAUUUCACCUUAUAUAUUUCCCGUUAGUUUGUUUGAAGUCUACGAGCAUUAUGACACCGUUCAGUUACUCAUUGAAGAUAACACUUUGUUCAUAACGAGACCAAACAUAAAUUUACACUCUCCUUAUAAAGCUCUUCAUCAGAAGGAGAUUUACAUGCACUGGAAUGUUAUGUAUUCAAAACCUAACAAUAUGAUUAAUGGUCCUGGAUUGCAUUUGCCAUUUCUGUGGAUGGAUUGCAAUGAAUAUUUAUUAGUCACUGAAGAUAUUGUCAUGAAUGAUAGCCUUGUUAUCACAAAACCUUAGUAUAUCACUGGAAUGCCAG